GCAACAAGUACCCGCUGCCCCCAAGUGUUGUGCUCUGCCUGCAGGACUCCGAUGACAACUCCCGUGUUUCCAUCACUUUCUUCCGACUCUUCCGGGUGAUGCGGUUGGUGAAGCUGCUGAGCCGAGGGGAAGGUGUCAGGACCCUCCUGUGGACCUUCAUCAAGUCCUUCCAGGCUCUGCCCUACGUAGCCCUGCUGAUUGUGAUGCUUUUUUUCAUCUAUGCUGUGAUUGGGAUGCAGAUGUUUGGGAAGAUCGCCAUGGUGGAUGGGACCCAGAUCAACCGAAACAACAACUUCCAAACCUUUCCACAAGCUGUGCUGUUGCUCUUCAGAUGUGCAACUGGCGAGGCUUGGCAGGAGAUUCUGCUGGACUGCAGCUAUGGCAAGCUGUGCGACCCUGAGUCAGACUUUGCUGAGGGCGAGGAGUACACCUGUGGCACAGGCUUUGCCUACUUCUAUUUCAUCAGCUUCUACAUGCUCUGCGCCUUCCUGAUCAUUAACCUCUUUGUGGCUGUCAUUAUGGACAACUUUGACUAUCUCACACGUGACUGGUCUAUCCUUGGGCCCCAUCACCUGGAUGAGUUCAAAAGGAUCUGGGCUGAGUAUGACCCUGAGGCCAAGGGCAGAAUCAAACACUUGGAUGUAGUGACUCUGCUGAGACGUAUCCAGCCUCCCCUGGGCUUUGGGAAGUUCUGCCCACACCGUGUAGCUUGUAAGCGUCUAGUGUGCAUGAACAUGCCCCUGAACAGCGAUGGCACUGUCACCUUCAAUGCAACCCUCUUUGCGCUGGUGAGGACAGCCCUCAAGAUCAAAACAGAAGGUAACUUUGAGCAGGCCAAUGAGGAGCUCAGAGCCAUCAUCAAAAAAAUCUGGAAGCGAACGAGUAUGAAGCUUUUGGACCAGGUCAUCCCACCUAUUGGAGAUGAUGAGGUGACUGUGGGCAAAUUCUAUGCUACUUUCCUCAUCCAAGAGCAUUUCAGGAAGUUCAUGAAGCGCCAGGAGGAGUAUUAUGGGUACCGACCCAAGAAGAACCCUGUGGAGAUCCAGGCUGGGCUGAGGAGCAUUGAAGAAGAAGCUGCUCCUGAAAUCCAUCGGGCCAUUUCUGGGGACCUGACUGCUGAGGAGGAGCUGGAAAGGGCAAUGGUGGAGGCUGCCAUGGAGGAAGGGAUAUACAGGAGGACAGGUGGCUUGUUUGGCCAGGUCGACAGCUUCCUGGAGCCCAGCAGCCCCCUGCAGCCCCAUGUGGCCAGCCAAAGGCCCCUGCAGUUCACUGAGGUGGGCAGUGAAGACCUCGAUUCCCCCGUCUUCCUCGAUGACUUCCCUCAGGAAGGCAACACCAACGUCAACAAUGCCAACAGCAGUGACUGGCUGGAGGGGAUGGAGUACAAGGAUGAUAUGCUGAGGAGGACAGUGGCAGCAGCACCCAGGUGUCCAACAUGGGAAUGCAACCACCCCAUACACAUGGAGAGGCUGCAACGAAGGCCAAGCAGGAGGCAAGGGGCCAUCUCUGGGGGUCACCCAGCACUGGGGCUGCACCUUCUCCAGGAGCUGCACAGAGAGGAUGGCACUGUGACAGGAACAGCAUCCAUCUCAGGGUACCAGUGGGACAAAAGCAGUGACCGAAGCACAUCCACUCCAGCCAUCACCUUCCUCGUUCAGGAGGCUCUGACCUCGGGGGGCCUUGCGGCUCUGGCCAGCAACCCAGCCUUUGUAGCAGUGACCAGGGACGAGAUGGUGGCCAGCAGCCAGCUGGAGAUGGAUGAAGUGGAAAGGGCAGCUGUGGAGCUGCUAAAGGGAAGAGAAACACUGCAGAGCACAAACACUGGCUCUGCCCCCUAG